AUGGCGGUGUUAGUCACCGUCGUCGUGGUGUAUUCCUUAAUAUGGUGCCAACUGUCUCAUGUCGGGCGAUUCAGGACGUCAUCAGCUAGUGGACGCAUUCCUUCUCAGACCACCUUGGGAAUCAAUGGUGAAGUUGUGGGGCGUGGGAAAGAUUUGACAAGGAAGAGAAAAGCUUCUGAAAGCGACCUGCUUUCAACUCGGUCGGCCAUGACGCAACAACAAAGGAAUACAGUCCGACAGAGAACAGUCAUGAUGUUUCUCAUCAGCCUCAUUUUCGUCCUAAGUUUCCUGCCUCAUUUUGGGACCAUUAUUGCCGCCAUCUUUACUAAGAACGUCUUCGACAAUCUCCCCACAGCCCAGCUCGCCUUAAACAACAUAUUACUCAGAUCCUACUUCAUCAACAGCGUUUCCAACCCCAUCAUCUACAGCAUCUGCUGCGUCAACUUUCGUCGUGCUAUUAUGAAGUCGUUUACGAGAAGACGUCAUAGUAAAACAACAUCCACUCGAGAUUGUAGCGAAAUGAAGCGACUACAGUGCAUUUCACCGCAGUCGUCGAACCCCUCAGUCCCCGAGCAAACACAUAGCCACUCCACCCCUGACGUCCUCGAGUAA